AUGGAGAUAGGCAAGACCAGCCUUGGCAACUCGAGGAGGACGAAGAAAUGGGCCACCAAGACCCGGACAGGCUGCGCCACUUGCAGACGACGACGCAUCAAAUGCGAUGAAGGAGUACCAUCAUGCAAGAGAUGCAUCUCUACUGGCCGCGACUGCGAGGGGUAUCGCCAUGACGCCACCAGCCACGGCGCAGCCGGCAUCCUGGCCGUCUACCACGAGCCAGUGCAGAGCAUCGCCCCGGCCGGCGUCGACGCCAGCCACGCCGAGCGCAGCGCCUUUGCCAUGCUGCACGGCGAGUGCGUGCGACGCAUGGCCGGCCUUUUCAGCGAGUCCUUCUGGACCGUCGACGUGAUGCGCGCAACGCAGGUGUACCCAGCCAUCUGGCACGCGGGGCUCGCUAUGGGGAGCAUGCACCGCGCGACGUGCAUCACGGCGCCGACACCGCAGGCGCGCGCGUCGCGCCAGCGCCACGAGGCCUUUUCCCUGGGCCAGUUCAAUGCAGCCGUUCUGUCGGUGCUCGAGCUGACGAAAAAGCCAGCGCUUUCGGAUGCUGACAAGGAGACCAUCCUGCUCGCCAGUACCCUCUUCACCGGCCUGUGCUGCCUGCAGGAAAACUACGAGCAGGCGUCGCGGCAUGCCAAGGGUGGCAAUCGCCUCUACUGGAGAUGGAAGUACUGGAAGCAGCAUGAUGGCGACGAAGAGGAUGGCCCUGAUGAUGAUGAUGACGAAGACGCUGACUUGACUUGCACGACGGAAAACUACCGGGCUGAUUACCAGGGAUCGCGGAGGAGCGGCUGCGUCUUGACAACCAAGUCACUGACGGCUGUCUUUACACACUUUGAGCUGCAAUUCUGCAGUCGCUUCCGCACCGUCGACAUCCCCGAGUGGCGCUGGCGCAACAAGGCGCACAAGUGCUCCGCGGCCCCUUUUGCGUCGGCCGUCGACGCCUACACGGAGCUGCAGCCGCUCCUGACAGGCUACUGCCAUAUGGGACGGUACCUCAGCAUCCCCCGCGACGUUGCCGAGCUGGAGCCCGUCUGGCGCAGCGUCAAAGCCUACGUCGGCGAGCUGCUCGCCUGGAAAGCCAAAUUCGACGACCUGCUCGCCCGCCUCACCAUGCCGCCUCCCGACGAGGCAGAAGCAUACAAGAUUCUCUGCCUGCGCUUUCUAUGGAUGACACUCGAGACGAGCCUCUCCCAAAGCGAGGGCACCGGGGAAAUGGUUUGGGACGCAAGGGGGCCAGACAUGGAGCGCGUCACGGCCUUUGCCGAGACGCACUUUGCCGCGCGGUGCCAGCCCACCAGCGGCCCACGAUCCUUUACAUUUUCCUUUGCCAUGAGUGUGUGUGAGGUGCUCACGUUUUUGGGCACCAACUGCCGCGACGGCGGGAUUCGCCGGCGGCUGAUUGCGCUGCUGCACGGCUGGCGCGAGCGCGACGGCAUGAUGGACGCACGGCUGCUGGCACUCCUGGUGCACACGGUCAUGGUGCUCGAGGAGAAUGCGUUGAAUGGCAUGCAGGCACCGCACGAGGGCUGCACGUGCGUACCGGGAGGGCGAUUCAUCUGCAACGACCACAGGGUGUGCCUGAUUGACACGCAGUUCCUGGGGGAGCGCAGCGCCACCAUUGUGCUGACGACGGCGGGCAUGCUGAAGAAUGAGCUACCGCCGUACGAAACGAGCCAUUUUCUUUUACAAGAUGACGACCGACGUUGA